UUAAGUUACCAGUUAUUUUAUGUCAAUAUAGGGGUUUCAAUAAGCACAAAAUAUUAUUCAAAUCAAUAAGUUGUUUCAAAAGUAUACUUGACAAUUAUAAAUUGAAAAUUUAAAAUGUUUACAAUUUUAUUUUUCGGAAUUUUAAUUCCUGUGGUUGGGAUAAAAGGAGAUGAAGAACUCGUUCCCAUAGACAACCGCCAACUUACGUUUAAUGGUAUACCCUUCGAAUGUUGGGAUCCCCGUCGAGUUAUUGAUGGCAAUAAUAGAACAGACGCGGGCGCUUGUUCAUGCUGUACAGCUAUCCAGCGACCCGCCUGGAUUGCAAUUGAUCUCCUACAGCCAUAUCCCCUGACACGGAUUCAAGUAUAUGGACGAACAGACACAGCAACAGUGCAGUCUCAAAACAUUCAGCUGUGUGUUGGAAUAUUUCCUGGCCUUUCAUGCGAUAUAUUAAAUACUACGCAAUUAGAAGAAAGCUUCAAUCCAACAAGACUCGGGCAAUAUAUCAACGUUUCGUCAAUUGGAUACAACUUUUAUAUGAUGACUAUAUGUGAGAUUAAAGUGUACCGCCUAAAAGUCUCCAACUUAUUAACAGUACCUGGGUUGAACUAUAGUGUUAAUCAAGCAGCCACUUUUGCACUGUGCUCAGCAGAUCAUGCAAUAGAUGGAAAGUAUUCUUCGUCGUAUCCUGACGGCUUAGAUAUAUGUAGACAGUGCAGUGCUACUGAUGACGAUCCAUUACCGUGGUGGGAGAUUAAUUUUGGCCAGAAAGUAAUUGCGAAUUUCAUCACCAUAAUUGGACGACUCGGUUCUCCUGAGGAGCAAAGUAAGGACCUUCUUGUUUACACAAGUGACGCUCCACAAACGAAUGACAAUCACUCUUUAGUGAUAAUGGUAAAGGACUGGAAGUCGAACAUUGGACAAUUAAUUUACUUGGGGAACAGAACAUUCCAAUAUUUGCUGAUUCGAAGAUGGUACGAAAGUGUCCUUACAAUAUGUGAGGUUAUGAUCUACAGAAAAGAUUGCGACGACGGGACAUUUGGAAUGACUUGUCAACCAUGUGGGCGUUGUAGAAUGUCUGCGAUAUGCAACAAAACAACGGGUUUUUGUCAAAACGGAUGCGAACCAGGAUGGGCACUUGAUGACUGUAUCAUGGCCUGUGACCCCGGUUAUUUCGGAGGCAAUUGCUCUGCUCAGUGUCACUGCCAAAAUGACUCUGUGUGUGAUCACGUGUUUGGCAACUGUCCGAACAAUCGUUGUGCGGCGGGAUGGAAAGGCGAUAAAUGCAGCACUGAAUGUUGCCAAGGAUUCUAUGGCAUAAACUGUUCGUCAGUAUGUCACUGUAAGAACGGCGUUUAUUGCGAUCAUGUCUUCGGUAACUGCUCUGAUAAACUAUGCGCACCUGGCUGGUUUUCUGAUGACUGCAGUCAAGAAUGCACUAACGGUACGUACGGUGUGGACUGUCGAAACGUCUGUGGCCAAUGUAAUGGGUCUUUCUGUGACAACAUAGAUGGCCUUUGCACUCGCGGGUGUCUACCAGGCUGGACGGGAUAUCAGUGUCUGGCGGAACAAGACCACCCCACUGCAUCAAAUAAUGAUCCUAACAGAAUACCACUUAGUGCGAUUAUUGCAGUUGCUUUGGUCCUGUCAAUUUCUGUUGGGGCGAAUAUUAUGUUGGCAACGCUGUACAUAAGGCGACGGAGGAAUCUGUCUUCUGGUAAAUCAUGCGAUACAACGGUGCAAUGGCCAUCUUCAAUCACACCAAAUGAUUACGACUUGAUAUCAUCAUUAAAAGAAAUACACGACUACGAAGGACUGCAAAGACCAACAAGUGGACAAACCAAGCAGAGAGUCAACGUAGUGCCUACGCAAACGACCUCAGAGUAAUAUCAUUUCAUAAUCGCCCGGAAAUACGCAGUAUUCAUAGUUUAUCAGCUUCAAAAUGACUAGGUAUUAGUGUAUAUUUUCCGCAAAAACGUGGUCUCUGUAGGCGUAUGCAAAGCAGUUCAUUAAUAUUCGCUGCAAAUCAAUAAGUGUCAAAUGCAAAACUUGUUUUCAAGUCUCACAUAUAAAUUACAACAUUCACACCUUCUUCCUCUUAUUAAAUUAUUGUAUUGUAUUUUAAAAUCUUUUUAUUUUUUAGUUUUGCAUUAAUCAUUUUAAAGCAUAUAUUGUAUACAUACGUGUCUUUCAUUUGCAAUCAAUGGUUUUUUAAUGGAAUUUAAGUAGUUUGUUUAUCUUGUUGUUUAUUUGUAUUCUUUAUAAUAGUUUGUUCGGUUUUUGUUUUGUUGUGAGUUUUUCUAGAAAUUGAGUUCUAAUGUUUUGCGUGUUGUUUGGUUUUAUAAUAGAUUUUAUAUGUGAUGGAAUACUUUUGAUCAGCGUGUAAUACAUAAGGAAGUCUGUUGAUGGGAUUUCAUACAAGUAGCAUAUAUUAUGACAGGAAUAAAGUCGUUUAUUCGGUAAUCAAAUAGUUGAUCGACAUACUUUAUGCUCUUUUCAAACCAGUUUUUUAUAAAAUAAUGUGCUAUCAUUUGCGUUUAUGUUUUUAUUAUUCCAUUAAAUUAUUUUGCUGUUACUUUUUUCGUCUAACAUAUCUGUGACUUUACUCCAAGCUGAUAGUAUAUUAGAAACAACUAUAUUCUUUUUUGCUAUAUCAAGUAUUAGAGACUCACUAAUGUUACAUUCAAAAAUUAAAGAGCCACCAUAUUUGGCUAGUGUUUGUUGACAAAACAACGUCCAUUUACUCUUGUUUGUGGUAUCUAACAUACGUUUCACCCAACUGGAUUUGAUUGAAUUUAUGAACGAACAAAUGUCAGUCAGUUGUAGACCUCCAAGCUCUACAGGUUGUAUUAAUUGUAUUCGUUUUAUUUUGUCGGGUUUGCCAACCCAUAAACAAAUCAAUUAUAGAUGUUUUUAUAUAUUCAAUGAUUAUUUUAUUAUCUGGGUUUGGAAGAACGGUAAGUACAUAUAUUAAUUUCGGUAGUGCGAAAGUUUUUAACACAGUUAUUUUUCCAAUUAAGGUUAGUUUUCUAUGUCGCCAUGAUUUAAGACAGCUUUUGAAUUUUUGUAGUUUGGGUAAUAUGUUUUUUAAUAUUGUUUCAUUCUCAUUGUUUGUGAAUGUUAUGCCUAACGUUGAUGCCUCGUUUGCUGUCCAUCUGAAGUUCAUUUCCGUUUAAAGAUGAAUGUUUGAAUGCCUGUAAUUACCUACUUUUAGCACAGUGCAUUUACAUGUGUUUAAUUUUAGUCCUGAUACGUUUCCAAACAGGGUCAGUGAUUCUAUGUAGUUGUUAAAGGAGCAAGGAUUGUUAGUGCAAAAAUAAGUUGCGUCAUCGGCGAAUAAUGACUGUUUGAUUUCUUCACCUGGUUUAACGACUAUACCGUUUAUGUUUGGGUUAGAUUGUAGAUAAUGAGAUAGGAAUUCUAUACAUAUAAUAAAUAACGACGAUGAGAGUGAACAUCCCUGUCUAACACCUCUUUCGACAUUAAAACAGUCAGAGAAGAACCCAUUAUUUAUACUACUUAUGUCACUAUAAAAAAGUUUCACCCAUUUAAUCAUAUUUUCUCCAAAGUUCAUUUUCUCUAAACAUGUGAACAUAAAGGAAUGGUUGAGGGAGUAAAUGCUUUUUCAAAGUCUGCAAAGAAUAUAAGACCUGAUUUAUUUGUGCAAUUGAAGUAAUUAAUGCAUUCUUGUAUCAAUCGUACAUUUUCGCCGAUAUAGCGUCCUUUUAUAAAUCCGGAUUGUGAACUUGAAACAAUUGAAGGUAAUAUUUUUUUUAAUUCUAUAUGCGAUGCUUUUUGUUGCAAUUUUAUAGUCAUUGUUUAAUAAAUUUAUUGGGCGCCAAUUUGAUACGGUUUCUAGGUUUUUUCCAGGUUUAGGGAUAAGUGAUAUGAUACCUUGUUUUUUGCAGAACAGUUAGAUUUCCAUUAUUGAAAGAGUAGUUUAGGGAGUUGAUUAAAUAUGUUUUAAUCUCAUUCCAAAAUAGUUUGUAAAAUUCUAUUGUUAUACCAUCUGAUCCCGGACUUUUAUUAUUUUGCAUUUCUUUAAGUGCCAUCCCACAUUCGUAUUUAGUAAGGAGUCCUUCACAUGAGUGUUUUUCAUUAUCAUUUAGAGUUGAUUGAGGAGUAUUGAAAUUCGUGUUGGCUGAGGUUUGCUUUUUUUAUAGAGGUUUUCAUAAAAUAAUCGUUGCUCUUCUAGAAUCUGUAUCCUUUUGGUUACUUCAAUAUCAUUUACGACAAGUUUGUGAAUGAUUUUUUGUUCACUAUUACGUUGUUCGAUGUUUGCAAAAUAUUUUGUAUUUUUUUCAUUGUGUUCUACGUGUUUAGCUGUCGCCCUUAGGAUUAUACCAUUUUAGUUGUUCAUGAUAAAUGUCUUCUAACACUUGUUUUUUUUUAAUAGAGUUCACUUUCAAAACUGGCUUUGUCGAUGAUUUAAGUGUUAUGUAGUUGUGUCUGUAAUUUUUCUAUAUCAUGUAGUGUUUUUUCUUCAAGUUUGCGUGUUCCUUUUUGUUUGAAUGAUGUGUAUUUUAUUGUUGUUUUGCGUAUGUUACCUUUUAUAAUCUCCCAUAAACUAUUCGGGAUUGCAUCAUUGUUGUUUUGUAUGGUAUAUGUUAUUUCCUGUUUUAUGUGGGCUUGAUAUUGAGCAUCCAAUAAUAUGCUGCUAUUUAAUUUAAAAUAACCCGGCCCUCGUUCUAGUUGAAUGUUGUUUAAUUUGAGAGCAGCAAGGGAGUGGUCAGUCAUGAAACCUGGUUUGAUGCAACAAUUGUCGAUUAUAUUACAUAAUGAUUCCGAUAUAAGAAAGUAGUCUAGCCUGCAAUAUAUAGUAGGUUUGGAGUUUGAAUGCCAUGUAAAUUUGCACUCGGAUGGAUUUAAUGUACGCCAAAUAUCUAACAAGUUACAAUUUUCAAUUAUGUCAUUCAACAAUGUCCUAUUUUUCAGAUGUGUAUAUAAAUUGCCAUUUUUCUUGUCUAAUAUUGGAUUUAUUACGGUUUUAAAGUCUCCGCCAAUUAUUAUGUUUUUAUCUGAAUUGUAAUUAAUAAAGGUUUGCAAUGUUUUGAAAAAAUUACUUUUAUCUAAGUUAGGACCGUAAACAUUAAUUAAUGUUAUUUGUGUUUCGUGUAUUGUAAUGUCAAGGCUCGCUAGUCUUCCAGGUAUUAUGUCUUUAAAAUUGCUGACUUUUACAUCUGAGUUAUUUUUUAUUAGAAAUGUGAUUCCUUGUUUGUUUGUGUGAUGUCCACUCAGAUAAAUAUCACCAUCCCAUUCGUGAUUUAAUGCUUCAAUAACAGUGUCCGUCAAAUGACUUUCUUGUAGUAGGCAUAUAUUAUAUUUCUUUUCUUCUAACCAUUUGAACAUUGUUAUACGUUUUUCUUUGUUGUUUAGCCCUUUUACAUUAAGUGUACAUAUUUUAAUACUCAUAAAGAAUGGGGUUAUAAUAAAUGAUAUGUAAGUACGUGCUUGUCCAUUUAGAUACUAUCUCAGAAAGAUGAAUAAACAUAUCCAUGCUAUUAAAUAUGGAUAUGGGCUAACAUGUUAAAUCUAUAGUGUACAAGACAUCUUAUGGUACUUAAUCUGCACAUAAUUGGUGAGUUGCUGACAAUAAUAUUAAACAUGCUGUACAUGCAAGUAUGCUUAAUAUAAUAAUAAGUCUUUCCAUACAUACUUAAGAUAAACAUAGUAUUUUUUUUAAAUAAAACAUAUAAGUAUACAUCAAUUAUUACACAAUUGUUGUCAAAGUAUGCCUCUCCUUUAAGUAUUUGCUUUAAACAAUACGAAAAUAUACGACAGUCGUUAAAGGAUUGGUCUUCAAUAACUUGACAUAGAUGUUGAUUCAGUUGAUUCAUAUAAGACAAAUAUUAAUACACUGAGUUCUGAUGUGUCGCCUACCUAUUAUCGAAAGGCAAAAAAAUAUAUAGGUAAGGCAUCUGAGGUGUAUUACUCGUUCAUUUUUAAUAACAUAAUGCACGAUUACAAAAAUUAUUCUAUGUUUGAAAAAAUAGUUCAUAACUCGUUCAAUAUUAAGUAUUGUUCAAUCUUCUAUGUAAUAAAUAAUGUAAUCAUUGUAAAUAAAUAAUAUUUUAACAUAUUUAUAGGGAAAAAAACACAAACUAUUAGUAAUUUUACCACUUAAACCCUUAAACAUUAUUGAUUGUUUAUAAAGUUUAGCAAUACAAUUGUUUUCGUGCACAUGUCUAAUAUACACAUUCAUUCAAGUGUCAUUAAUACAUGUAUGUAUAUGCAUAUUUCAAAUAUACAUAUAAGGUCUAUUUCUAUCGUUAUAUUUAUUAACAAGUACAUUUCGAACAUGCAUAGUGCGUUCAAGACAUAAAACUAGUGAUUAGACAAAAUAAAAAUGUGUACGUUGUCGCUUAUUCUAUUAGUUAAUGGAUUCUUGACCAAUUUUGAUUGUUGAUAUAUAUGCAACAAUACAGUUAUUUACAUUUACAAAUAUUGAUUAUUGUUACACUAUUACAAUAAUUAUAUUUCGAUUCACACUCUAAAUUUA